GGGCGCCGUAGUCUUGCAGCGCUGAGAGGCGGAAAAAAAAAGCAGGCCUCGGCCGAAGCCCGAGACUGGGUUGAGCGGCGGAGCCCGGUUGCCGAGCCGCCUUCUCCGGGCCUCCCCGCGACGGGCGGCGGCGGCGGCCUUCGCCUCCUUCUCGCUCCCCGCGCGCCUCGGGUCCCGCGCGCCAAGAUGGCGGCCGAGGUGGACUUCGGCGACCGCGAGCUCUUCCAGCAGCUGGAAGCCGACGAGGAGGCGCCGGGCCUGGAGCUCGAUCCGGCGGAAGAAGCUUCGGAGCUCCGCGAGCGGCUGAGGGAAUCCGAGGAGACCAUUAGGCAGCUGCGGGAGGAGAAUCAGGAACUCCGAAGAAAACUGAACAACCUGGCUCGACCCAGUGGACUAACAGUGGAUGACUGUAGACUUGAUGGGCCUCUGUUGCAGAUCUUGUUCAUGAAUAAUGACGUUUCAAAGCAAUAUCACCAAGAAGUAGAAGAGUUUGUAUCGAGUUUAGUUCAGAAAUAUGAGGAGCAACGGAGGAGUGAACUGGACAAGGCCUGCUUCAAUGUGAAGCCACAGCCUUCUAGCUUUGUCCUGGAAGAGGAUCAUAAGAUAACAAGCUCAAACGUGUCGAAAAAAAUCAAAGAGGCUUUUAGCGUUGUAGGAAGUGUUCUCUAUUUUACCAAUUUUUGUCUUGAUAAACUGGGGCAGCCUAUAUUAAAUGAAAAUCCUCAGCUCACAGAUGGAUGGGAAAUACCCAAAUACCAGCAAGUUUUCACGCAGAUUCUUUCUCUAGAAGGACAAGAGAUACAAGUAAAGUCUAAAAGGCUCAAAUCUCACUGUUUCAACUGUGGCUCUGAAGAUCACCAGAUCAAAGAUUGCCCGCAGCCGCGAAACGCUGCCCGCAUAAACGAAAAAAGAAAAGAGUUUAUGGACGCUUGUGGGGAAAGCCCAAAUUUCCAGCAGAGAUAUCACGCGGACGAAGUGGAAGAGCGGUUUGGACGCUUCAAACCAGGAAUAAUCAGCGAGGAACUCCAGGAUGCCCUCGGUUUCACCGAGAAGACGCUCCCUCCUUUCAUCUACCGCAUGCGGCAACUGGGUUAUCCGCCAGGCUGGCUGAAAGAGGCAGAAAUGGAGAAAUCUGGCUUAACGCUCUACGACGGGAAUGCGUCGCCCAGCAGUGAGGGAGAGGAGGAAUCCCACCAGCAGAAUCCGUGCGUCUCUUACGAUCUCUCCAAGUUGAUCAACUACCCAGGUUUUAACAUGUCCACGCCGAGUGGGGUCACAGACGAAUGGAGGAUGUUCGGCUCGGUCCCUCUUCAGCCAUCCCAGCAGAAAGAAAUUUUUGCUCAUUAUCUUUCCACUUACCAUUCGGCUAAUCUCAAAUCCAAGCCCAAAAGGCCCCCCCCUGGCCAGAGCUCACAUCAUUCGAAGCGGCAGAAAGGAUCCAGUGCUGAAGUUUUGCCAGCCGACAUGGAGAUCGACUCCGAUCUAGAAAUGCCCCCUAGCUUUCCUGAUUACGACGGCUUCCACUUCCAACCUCCGUUGCCUCCGGGGUCUCCGCUGACGGCCACUCCCCCCCCUCUGCCACAGGGCACCCCUCCAGCUACUCCCCCCAGCCUGACACCUCCUCAACCGCUGUCUUGUGUGCCAGCAGCCCUGCCUUGGACGCCGUCUGCCCCGCGGGCGGAGGACUCCGCCAUGGACGAAGACACCUUGACCCUGGAAGAAUUGGAGGAGCAGCAGCGGCUGAUUUGGGCAGCCCUCGAGCAGGCGGAGAGCGGCAACAGCGACUCAGACCUCCCUGCCGGGACCCCCAUGGCCAGCAACUCCGGGACGUCGUCCCCCUGCAGGACGGAGCUCUCCGUUGCCCUGGAGCAAGCGGCCCCCCAACAGCUGGAGGAGGUCUCCAAAGCUGAACCCACCGACAAGCCCGAGCAGAUACCCCAGACUCCCGAAGAGCCCCCCGAAGAGCCCGGCCCUCAACCGGCCAUUGAACUGGUGGAUUUAACAGCCGAGGGGGAAGCCAUUCCCACAGACUCCGGAGGCCAAACCUGCUCCUCCUCGGAUCCUGGCGGCCUCCUGAACCAUAGCGACGCUCCUGAGAUUCCCAACGCCAUCCAGCCGCCCCCCUCCACCCCUCCCGGCCUCGUUCCCGACAUGAGCAAGUUUGCCGCUGGGAUCACUCCUUUCGAAUACGACAACUUGUCGGAAUCCACCGGGACUUACCUCAGAAUAAGGAGUGCGCUGAAAAAAUACCCGAGAAGCCAACUGAAGAAUAAGAAGCUUUCCCUUUAACAGCCUGACUCGGGCCAGGGACAAAAAAAAACCCAAACACAAUCAGGAUUUGGGUGCUUUGCCCUUAAAGCACAAACGAAGAGCCAGAGACGGAAAGUGGGUGUUGUUGCGUUCUUCCUAAAACCAAGUAAUUUUGUUUUUAAAGAAAAAUCGGGCGGGGACAGGCUUCCACUUCGAACCAGGACUGAUACUUCAAAGGUUUUGUGAAUCUCCUCCAAUCCUGCAUUACAGAUACCCCUGAACGUUAUUAUUUUUAUUUUUUUCCCAACUUGGGGUCAAAUACACCCUUGCCUCUCUCUCUACCAACGGAGGUUUUUGUCUCUGGCCAGACUUUCCACAGGGAGCGGAUAGUUCUUAAAAUACGUUGACUGCCCGCGGCUUUUUAAAAGGACCCCCCGUUUUUUUUUAAAAAAAUGCUUCCCCUCAAAUUGUUGUGGUGAUCCGACGGGAAUAAUCAGGGAUGAAUCAACCAUUCUCUUUACAUCCUUUUUGAAAAGGGAUUUUUUAAAAAGUGAUUUAGGGGAUUUAAAUUUCUUUUUUAAAAAAAAACGACACCGGCUUUUUGUUUUGGUAACAUCGUCAUCUUUGAACUUGCUGUACAUAUAUUUGUGCUUGUGUACAGGGGUUUAAUAAAACGAUUUUUUUCAUA